AUGCCAUCGCCGGCAAGCCCUGACCAUCCACUACCAUCAUCCGAGUGGUCCACGUUCGAAUGGAACACCAUCAUCCGGUGUUCCCCUCCCCUCCAGGCCUUGUCCAUCUACGCUAAUUCCAUGCUCCUCUCCGGGGCCCGCCCCAACAAAUUCACCUUCACCUUCCUCCUCAAAGCCUGCCUCCGAGCCCCCGCCUUCAGCCCCCUCAUCCACGCCCACCUCGCCAAGCUCGGCCUCCACGCCGACCCCUUCCUUCGCUCCGCCCUCAUCGCCGCCUACGCCGCCGCCGGCCGCCUCCCCGUGGCCCUCCGCCUCUUCCGCCUCUUCCCCCACCCUGACCUCGUCCUCCGCACCGCCCUCGUCUCUGCCUUUGCCCGCUGCGGCCUCCCCGAUGCCGCCCGCCAGGCGUUCGACGAAAUUCCCAACCCCAACCCCGUCUCCUGGGCCGCCCUCCUCUCCGCCUACACCCGAAGCGGCCGCCACGCCGAGGCUCUCUCCUUCUUCCGCCGCAUGCGCCUCGCCGGCGUCGCGCCCACCGAGGCCGCCCUCGUCUCCGCCCUCUUGUCCGCCGCCGUCCUCGGCGCGCUUGUCGACGGCGAGCGCGCUCACCGCGACGUUCUCGUCUUCGGAAAGAGCCUUACACCCGGCCUCGGCACCGCGUUGCUCGUCGUGUACGCGAAGUGCGGGCGGAUAGAGUCCGCGCGGCGGCUGUUUGACGAGAUGCCGAAGAGGGACCAGCCGGCGUGGACGGCGAUGAUCACGGCGCUGGCCUCGCACGGGCGGGGUGAGGAGGCGCUGCGGCUCUUCGACGAGAUGCUGGGGCUUGGCUUGAUACCGGACCACGUGACCUACGUGGGGGUUCUCCACGCAUGCAGCCAUGCAGGGCUGGUGGACCAGGCGCGCGGCCACUUCGAUAACAUGGUCAAUGUCUAUGGGAUCGAGCCGGGGGCGGAGCACUACGGGUGUAUGGUGGACGUACUGGGGCGUGCGGGGCUGGUGGAGGAGGCGUGGGCGGUGGCUCGGCGGAUGCCGAUGGCACCAGACGAGCGCGUGCUCAAGAGCCUGCUGAGCGCGAGCUGUGCGCUUGGGUUCGUCGAAUGCGCGGAGUGGGCGGCGGAGAGGCUGGUGGCGUUGGACGCUGGGCACGCAUCCGCGUACGUGCUGCUGUCGAACAUGUUCGCUGGUUUGGGGAGGUGGGAGGAGAGCGCUCGAGUGAGGAAGCUCAUGAGGGUCCGCGGCGUGCCUAAGGCGCCAGGUUGCAGCGCCGUUGAUUGA